CGUCUUCCUCCGAGGCCUGCAGAAGUGUGACACUGAUGAUGAUGUGGCCAUGUGCUUCAUCAAGCAUGAAGCAGAGUUUAACAAGUACAUCCAGUACCUGGUGGGGAGGGUUCAGGCUGAGUCUGUGGUUGUCAGCAAAGCUGUCCAGGAUUUCUACAAGAGGUAUACAGAUGAAUUUUUAACUAAUGAAGAUCCUUCACAGCCACUUAUCCCACCACUGCAGCACUACCUGGAGAAACCCAUAAACAGGAUCCAGCAGUACCAGACUAUAAUCAAGGAAUUAAUCCGAAACAAAGCAAGAAACAACCAAAACUGCACUUUGCUGGAGCAGGCUUAUGCCAUUGUGUCUGCACUCAGCCGAAGAGCAGAAAACAACCUCCAUGUCUCACUCAUUGAGAAUUACCCAGGGACCCUGGAAAGCCUGGGUGAACCCAUCCGACAGGGCCAAUUCAUUGUGUGGGAAGGAGCUCCAGGAGCUAGAAUGGCAUGGAAAGGACACAAAAGACACGUCUUCCUCUUCAAAAAUUAUAUUGUCAUCUGCAAACCAAAGCGAGACACCAAGACAGACACUUACAGUUACAUCUUCAAGAACAUCAUGAAGCUGAACAACAUAGAUGUGAACGACCUGGUGGAAGGGGAUGACCGAGCCUUUGAGAUCUGGCACGAGCGGGAGGACUUGGUCCGCAAGUAUCUCCUUCAGGCACGUACGGUCAUCAUCAAGAACUCCUGGGUGAAGGACAUCUGUGGCAUACAGCAGAGGAUCAACGAGCCUCUCUGGAUACCUCCAGACUUUGAGGAAGAGCUGGCAGACUGCACGGCUGAGCUGGGAGAGACAGUCAAGCUGGCUUGCAAAGUUACAGGAGCUCCCAAGCCAUCUGUCAGCUGGUACAAAGAUGGAAAGCCUGUGGAGGUGGAUCCCCAUCACAUUAUCAUAGAGGAUCCAGAUGGCUCCUGCACGUUGAUCUUGGACAACCUAACGGGUGUUGACUCAGGACAGUACAUGUGCUUUGCUUCCAGUCCUGCUGGAAAUGCCAGUACCUUAGGAAAGAUCCUUGUUCAAGUCCCACCACGGUUUGUGAACAAGGUCAGGAAUGCUUAUUUUGUCGAGGGGGAAGAUGCUCAGUUUACCUGUACCAUCGAAGGAGCACCCAGGCCUCAGAUCAGAUGGUACAAAGAUGGGGUCCUGUUGAAGGACACGAGUAAAUACCAGACUUUCAGUGAACCACGAAGUGGCAUGUUGGUCCUGGUGGUCAAGAACCCUUCCAAUGAAGACAUGGGACACUACGAAUGUCAGCUGAUGAACAGAUUAGGGUCUGCCAAAAGUGGAGCAGAACUUUACCACCACAGUGCUGCAGCCCUGACCCAGCAGAGGAGAGGAGACCAAGCCAUCACCAUAGAAGGUAUGAUCCUUGACCAGCUCUUCACUGAACAAGAGACUAAAGUGCCCAAGAAAACCAUCAUCAUAGCGGAGCCAACUCCAGAGCCAGUUUACAUCUCAAAGAUCAGGCAGCCUGUCCACAGAUAUGAGCAGGAGGCAACGCCCAAGUCGGCUGUUCCCGUGCUUUUUGUCACAGAACCAGAGGACAGGCAAGGAGCAGCAGCGAGAGGCGUCGUCGUAGAGACCAAGGUGGAGGAGAAAAGGCCCAAAUGGGUGGAAGUGGAAGAAAUAAUUGAAUUCAAGGUGAAAAAAUCACCAAAACCUGCAAGGAAAAGAGGCUCUUCCCCAGCAAAACAAGAAAAAGAUGACUCAGGGACACUCACAUUCACUUUUCCCAGCUCAAGACCUAGGCGUUCCCCAGAGGAUGAUCCAAACACAAACAACUCCAACAAUAAAUUGGUGGAACAGCCAAAAUCUUUGCCUAACGACAGUCUCUCCGAAGCCGAGAUCCAGCCCCUGGUGUAUGCAGCUGAGCAGGAAGGACCUCAGGUCAGCAACGAAGACAGGAGCUCCCCGUGUGCAUCCGAGCAACUAGAACAUAGUUCAUUUGCAGCUUAUGGAGCUGAAGGGAAGAGCUUCCCCCAGGAGACAAGUGCUCACAGCAGGUCAGAUGUUGCUUCCCCACUGCUUGCCUGUGGGGGUGAGCCUUUGACCUUCAGUUUUGAGACAGCUGCUCCAGGCCAGCAUGAACUUCUGUUCUCCUUAGCGAGUCCAGAGGUGAAGGAAGAGGUAGAGGAACUAGACGUGUCUUGGCCUGUGGAAGAGGAGGUACCUGAAGUAAUGCCAGAUGUCCUCCCAGAAGAGGAUGGUGUCGUUAUAGUUGAUGAGCCAGAGGAACUGCAGACAGAUGACAUCAGCACCCGGGACCGCAAAAUCCUGACCCACAAUGGCAAAGUGUUAACUUUGGAAGACCUGGAAGAUUAUGUUCCCAAAGAAGGAGAGACCUACGGGUGUGAUGGUCAGAGCCACACGACAGAGAAACCCUGUGAGAUCUCCGUGCUCCAGACAGAGAUCAACGAGCCAACGGUGGGGAAGCCAGUGCUGCUGAAUCUGGUGAGACCCGUGGUGCCUGAGCCCAGGCAAAGGUUUUUCAGCCAGUUUGAGGAGCACAUUCCUGGGAGCGUGUUCCUGUCAGCAUCCAGAGUAACCGGCGUGCAGUCUGUAGGCCCCUCGAACAUCUCCUUCCAUGCAUGCGAGGAGGAGCUGGUGGCCUUGGCCUUCCUGGGUCUGUUCCUUCAGACCACUCAGAAACAGCAGCCAGGCCCUCAGUGCUCGUUCAGGAAGCCAGUACCCAAACCCAGACUGCUGGAGGGGAUGCCAAAGCACAAAUUCCACCUGAAGAACCAAGGGUGCCAAAGCCCAGCCCUGGUCCUUCCACUGCAGAGACAGCUGCUGGAGAUGAAAGCACUGGAGAACGCACUGUUCCUAUUAGCAGGUCCUCCCUACAUGCAAGUGACCAUAGAGGAUGUGCAGGUGAAUUCUGGGGAGCGUGCCAAAUUCCAGGCAGUCAUUGAAGGAACCCCUCAACCCACUGUUUUGUGGUUUAAGGAUGGCACUUCCUUGCUGACAGACAGCGACAGGCUCCACCAGGGGAAGGAAGGAACAACCUAUUUCUUAGUGGUGGACAACGCUGUCUCAGAAGAUGGUGGUGUUUAUACCUGUGUUGCCAAAAAUGCAGGAGGGGAGGUGUUGUGCAAAGCAGAGCUUGUUGUACACCAAGAAGCAAAGAAAGUGGCCACCAGGAGAAAGCUCCAUUCCCUUUAUGAGGUUAAGCAGGAGAUUGGAAGGGGCUGCUUCAGCUUCGUGAAAAGAGUUGUGCACAAAGGGAACCGAGUGUCUUGUGCUGCCAAAUUCAUACCCCUGCGAAGCAAGACGAAGGCUCGGGCUCACCAGGAGAGGGACAUCCUGGCCUCUCUGUCCCACGACAGGAUCACCAGGCUGCUGGAUCAGUUUGAAACACGGAAAACACUCAUUUUGAUUCUGGAGCUAUGCUCCAGUGAAGAGCUCCUGGACCGUCUGUUCAAGAAGAGUGUUGUCACUGAAGCAGAGGUCAAAUUGUAUAUCAAGCAAAUCUUAGAAGGAAUCAAAUAUCUUCAUGACAACAACAUCCUUCAUUUGGACAUCAAGCCCCUGAAUAUCCUCAUGGUGUAUCCAGAAAGGGAAGACCUUAAGCUCUGUGACUUUGGAUUUGCUCAGAAGAUCACACCCUUUGAACCUCAGUUCAGCAAAUACGGGUCUCCAGAGUUCGUUGCCCCAGAAAUUGUUUCUCAAUCACCAGUGUCAAAAGCUACUGAUAUCUGGGCUGUUGGAGUCAUCACGUAUUUAAGCCUAACGUGCAAGUCUCCGUUUGCUGGGGAGAACGACAGAGGAACCCUUCUCAACAUCCAGAAGGGGGAAAUUUCAUGGACCAUCCCUGACUUUGUUCAUCUGAGUGAAGAUGCCAAGGCCUUCAUAAAAGGCAUCCUGCAGCAGAACCCCAAAGACAGACCCAGUGCUUUGGAUUGUCUUUCCCACAAGUGGUUCAUGCACAAUGUCCCCCUUGAGUCAGCUCAUUUCAUUAACACCAAGCAGCUCAAAUUCAUUGUGGCUCGGAGCAAGUGGCAGCGUUCUCUGAUGUGCUACAAAUCCAUACUGGUCAUGAGGUCCAUCCCAGAGAUCCUAGAAAGGACUCACGACAACACCUCCCUGGCCAUCUCCCGACACCUCGUUGAAGAAAGCACCUCCUCCAGCACCAGUGGCUCCUCUUCAGACAACGAGAACUCCCAUUUCCCCAAGAAGAGGCACUUUGGCUCUACCCCCGAGCUGCACGUGUCCAUGUUUGAUGCACCAAGCCGCCAGGAGCCUCCAAAAUACACAAGGGAAGAGAAACACUCCAAAAUCCCAGCCCCUCCAGUAAAGCCCAUGAGGAGGAAGUAUGCUGCCAUGAAAGCUGAGGUGGGGGAUAAAUCACCUGCAGAAAGCAAAGAGCUCAGGGCGAGUGUCCUAAAGGAGAAAGAGGAGAGGCUUCAUCCCACACUUAGAGAUGAAAGAGCAGAGCAGGCCCAAAGCAGCAGUGCUGCUGAGCCUCCAUCCGUGAGGACUUCCCCAGGAAGCACAUCCCAUCUGCCUCAGAAAGAAACACCAGGUGCCUUUGUAGCUGAGGAGGACAGAGCUGAAAUGGCUGAGGAUGGGUCAGAAAAGCCAUCGGUCUGUGUCCCUAGGCAGAGUGUCAUCAAAAGCACCUUCUACAGCCAAGCAGCCGAGCUGCCUGCCAGGGGACCUGCCUCACCAGGCAGGGAGCUCAGAAGGCACCUGGGCAGAGCCAGAAGGACCUUCCGUAAAGCUGGCUAUUCCAAGGUGCCCCUCAGUGGUCUCCGUGAACCCCUCCUGGAGCAAUGUGAGCUGGAAGAAGAAGAAGAAGAAGGGAUGUCUGAUGAUGACCACAGGGAAGGGCUGCUUGGUUCCUUGACCAAAUCAGCUUCGUUUGACACUGCAAGGAAACCCCCACAUCCUGCCAUCGCCAGCGCCACCCGGAGCAGGUCCUUGGAUGACUACAGGCUGAGAGCCUCAAGUGAUGAGGAGUCUGCUGUGCUGGAGGGCUUAGUGGAUGAGAUGGUUUCCCUCUCUGAGGAGAUGAACGUUUGGGCAGAGUCUGUUUCUGGUGAGGAGGAAGGCAGAAAGCACAUCUCUCCUUCCACACAGACCUUCUACAAGGGCUCAGGUAGCCAAGUCCCCGUGGACACCUCCUUCCCUUCUGUACAAAGGGGUAAAAUAGGGGAAGUCUCUGAUCUGGAUGAACUUGCAGAACCCUAUCUUGUUGGAAGCGAGGAGUCCAUGGUGCUGGAAGGGCAGGGAGCACAGACAGCUCCUCAUGAAUGUGAGGAUCUGGAGGACCUGGCCUUUGAGACCCCUCCUUCUAGCCAAGUGAGUGUUUCCUCAACUGAUAGCAUGGACAUUGAAAAAAGACCCAGGCAAGUGCCAGUGAGCAAGGACGCUGGUAAACACACAGAAGUUUCUUUAGUGAAAAUCAAAGACCUCUCGGAUGAAACACCCAGUCUUGGCAGUGGACCUCCCAAAUUUGACAUCUCGGAGGUCGAGCCUGCCUAUCUGAAUUUCUCUGACUUGUAUGACAUUGUCUAUUUUCCAUUUGAAUUCAUGAACUACAGGAAGCCCCAACCCAAACCGACUGGCCGGCGGUUUAUACCUUUUGGUGAGAGGGCAAGGUCACCUCCUGCAGGACAUUCACACAGGGAUAAAAGGCUCCACAUCAGAGAAGAGGCAGAGGACAAGAACAGGAAGAACCAGUUGGAAAUAGCUGAGGAUUCGAAGGCAACAAACUUAUUAGCCAUGGGGAAAGGAUCAGAGAGCCAUAAAGAAAUGUAUGGUCCCCAAAAGGACUCGGGUGGGAAGCAGAAAAGCUCCUUCUACAAGCCAGGACUCUUUAAGCCAUAUGCAAGGUCUCAUUCAGUGGAGCAGGCAGGGGAGCAGAGUCUGAAGAAGAAAGUAAAAGCUUCUGUUGCCCAUAUUUCAAGAAUCCUAAAAGGAAAGAUCUCUCCUGAGCCAGAGGCAGAGGAAGCACCUUUGUUCGUGGAGGAGCUGGUGGACCAGGCUGCUGCCCCGGGGCAGUGCGUGACGCUGUCGUGCCGCACGGCGCCCCACUCCUCCCCGCGCACCGACUGGUUCAGAGAUGGGAUCCCCGUCCACAGCAGCAGCCGGAUCCUCAUCUCAGCGACGCUCAAGAACUUCCAGCUCUUAACUAUUCUCUCCAUCACUGCUGAUGAUUUUGGAAUUUACACAUGCGUGGCCACCAACUCCCUGGGCUCAGCAUCCACCUCUUGCAUCAUAAGAAAAGCAGAGGUUCCUCCCAGCCCUCCACCCCCUGAUAUCGUGGAUGUCUACGAGGAUGGAGUGCAGGUGGUCUGGAAACCAGUGGAAACCAACAUCCCUGUCCACUACACUGUCCAGUGCAAGAGUGAAGAUGGGGAGUGGACGACUCUUGCUUCUGACAUCGCUGACUGCUGCUACCACGCCAAAAAUCUCUCCACGGGGUUCAGCUACUCCUUCAGGAUAGCCUGCACCAGUAGAGCAUGAAUGGGUCCUUACCAGAUCAAAAGGGGACGUUUCAGCAUCGUCCGACAGUGCAGGGAAAAAGUAAGUGGCAAGACCUUAGCUGCUAAAAUCAUCCCUUACUGGCAAGAGGACAAGCAGGCCGUGCUCCUGGAGUACCAAGUGCUGAGGAAGCUUCAUCACACCAACAUAGCCCAGCUGAAGGGAGCCUACGUCAGCCCACGGCACCUGGUGCUGAUCCAGGAGAUGUGUGUGGGACCAGAGCUGCUCCACUCCUUGGCGUUACGGACAUCCUACUCAGAGGUGGAGGUCCGAGAUUACCUGUGGCAGAUCCUCAGUGCCACGGAGUAUCUCCACGCACACGACAUCCUGCACUUGGACCUCAGGUCUGAAAACAUGAUCAUCACUGAGCCCAACCUGCUCAAACUCCUGGAUUUUGGCAACGCGCAGUUCUACUCACCAGACAAAGUUAUUACCAUGGACAAGUGCAUGGACUAUGUGGAAACCAUGGCCCCAGAACUGCUGACAGAACAAGGAGCCCUCCCACAGACUGAUAUCUGGUCCGUUGGGAUCACAGCCUUCAUCAUGUUGAGUGCCAGCUACCCCCUCAGCUCCGACGUAGCCUGCGAGUUCCUGAGGAUGAGCAGGAAGGGGAAGGUGAAGCUGGCGCGGUGCUACGCGGGUCUCUCGGGGGGAGCAGUGUCCUUCCUCCAGAGCACCCUGUGUGCAAACCCCUGGGGAAGACCAUCAGCCUCCGAGUGCCUUCAGAGCCCGUGGCUCCAGGAGACAGGUCUGGACAACAGGCAGCAAGCACUGGUGACCUUCCCCACCACCAAACUGAGGAAUUUCCUCACUGAACGGGAGAAGAAGAGGGGCCUGCUGUGCUCCAAGUAUGGCCUCAUGAUUGCACAGUGA